AUGCCUGCUAUCCCAACGGCAGGAGACAACACAUCGCUCGUUAUACGCGCGCUAGCUUUGGACAGCUACUCUCCAUCUGUUGAUCGAUACGCUUACAUACUCUCUUUACUGAGCACCUCUUCUUUCGAAAGGACAGAGUUAUGGACGAUACCGAAGGAACAUGAAUACAUGGGAGUUACCGCAGCUCUUCCACCCGCUUCGCUCUCUCCUUGGCUUUCUAGCGAUAUGGCAUGGACAGGACUUCGACAUGACAGCAAUGGACUCUCCAACGGUAGAAUCAUACCCCUGCAUAACACCAGCAAGAGAGAUGACAAGAGAAAGAAGAGGAGAAGAGUACGAGGUGUUGACUUUCCCUACAACUCUUUAACACGGUAG